CUUUUCUCUCCUUGUCCAAGAUGGCGGUGGUCGGCGGCACUGAGGCGGGAUCCGAGCGAGCCCAGUGAAGAGCUUUGUUGAACUAGCUGUCGCUGCAAAACCUGCCGGGAGAGUCCCGUUGGUUUGCCGUGGGGCCCGCAAAAACAGUGGUCCCGGGGGCUGUUGGUCUAAAUCACCGGGUAUUGCGUGUGUCCCGUGCGUGCGCCCGCUACGAUCGCGCCUCCGUAGGGGGAGUCUCCUCCACACAGGCCCAUUUUCCCUCCACAACUACUUGUAGAUUCACUGCAAAAAAAAAUUUUUUUUUUUUUACUAUCAUGCAAAAGAAAAAGAUCUGCCUCCCUCCUUUCUGUUGGCUGAGUUGGUGGCUCAUAGCAGAAUAAGUUAAAAAAAAAAAAAAAAGCUGACUCGAGAUCGGACCCAGAGCCUGUUGAUCGGAGGAGGCUUGUCAGAAUUUGCAUUGCUGGUGUGUGGUCAGCGUGCGGUGACCGCCAUGGGAGGAUUCAGUGCCCAUCCCAGGCUGCCGCCAUCCCUGCAGCUUCCAGAGCUGGCAGGGGCUGUGAGUGCUGCAUAGGUAGGUCCCUGGACAAGGCGGGAGCCCAGAAUUCAGAGUCGACGUGUUGGGACCUUGGAGGAAACAUGAAAAGCAGAAGACGUCACCUGCUCGGAUCCUAGGAGUGGCAGCAGCAAAACUUCAGAAACUGGCAAGAGCUGGAAGUGGGUCUGCCUCCACCGUCUGAGGAGAGAGCCUGGGAGUAGGGGCGAGGCGCCCUCACCCUGGACAGGACCGCUUCCUGGGGUUUCACUGGCUGCCGCUGUACAUGGCUUCCUUGAAUCGUCUUUGUCAAUGCUCAUUUAUACUCUGGGAUGAAGAUGGUUAGAGAUGCCUGGGGCUCGUAUCACCUCAGAACUCACCUCCAAAGCGUCUCCAGUAUUUGUGGCUUGAGUUUCCGGGAUAAAGAACACUACAUCUGAUGAUUUUCCCUUUUCCCUCGUUCCCUUGGCCAUGCUGAAAGCCCGUGCCUGGAUGUAGCCUGUAUUAUCUACAAGUGGAAGAGCGCCCUGGCUGCCCUUGUUCAUAUCCUAAAGAAAAGUCCCAGGAGAGCGGUUUAGUCAUGAGCACAUUUCACCAGUGUGCAUGUUUUUGGUUUUUUCUUAUCAUGGCUUGUGUCUUCCAUAAGCAAUAUUAAAGAAGGAACUUAUGUUGUCAUUUCUUAGCACACCGAGACAAGCAAAAUUGUACAAUUCAUCCCCUCAUUGAAGUUGACAGCAUGGAAAUUUAUAAGCUCCAAAAGUACGGAAUUCAGGAGAAUGGAUUUUAAUACCUGUUUUACAUUUGCCAACAUUUAAUACCUGGUCCUGUAGACGGGAAGGCGCCUGGACACAGUGACACAUUCUCAAAGGCCCUGCAGGACCGCCAUGGCUUAUGAUGACUCCGUGAAGAAAGAAGAUUGCUUCGAUGGUGACCACAGCUUUGAGGACAUAGGACUCGCAGCCGGCCGAAGCCAACGAGAAAAGAAACGCUCUUACAAAGACUUCUUAAGGGAAGAGGAGGAAAUCGCUGCUCAGGUCAGGAAUUCUUCCAAGAAGAAGUUAAAGGACAGCGAACUCUACUUCUUGGGGACGGACACGCACAAGAAGAAGAGGAAGCACUCUGAUGACUACUACUAUGGAGACAUUCCGUCUUUGGAAUCGUCACAGAAGAAAAAGAAAAAGUCCAGCCCGCAGUCUGCCGAUAGCGCCAUGGACCUGCUGAAAGCUAUAACUUCCCCACUGGCGGCAGGCUCCAAGCCCUCCAAAAAGUCAGGGGAGAAAUCUUCCAGCUCUUCCAGUCACUCGGAGAGCAAAAAGGAACACCAUAGGAAGAAAUUCAGUGGGAGCAGUGGGGAGCUGUCCCUGGAAGAUGGGGGCUCCCACAAACCCAAAAAGAUGAAGCCCCUCUAUGUGAACACAGAGACACUGACCCUUCGAGAGCCUGACGGUCUGAAGAUGAAACUCAUCCUCUCACCAAAGGAGAAGGGAAGCAGCUCAGUUGACGAGGAGUCUUUUCAGUACCCCUCUCAACACGCAACUGUGAAAAAACCCUCUAAGAAGUCAGCUCGGGACGAGCAAGGUGCUUUACUCCUGGGACACGAGUUACAGAGUUUUCUGAAGACGGCCCGGAAGAAGCACAAGUCCUCCUCGGACCCGCAUUCAUCUCCCGGCCCGGAAGGCUGUGGCUCGGAUGCCUCCCAGUUCCCAGAAUCCCACAGUGCUAAUCUGGAUCUUUCGGGGCUUGAACCUAUUCUGGUAGAAUCAGACUCCUCCUCUGGUGGGGAGCUAGAGGCCGGGGAGUUGGUGAUAGAUGAUUCUUACCGGGAAGUCAAGAAGAAAAAGAAGUCCAAGAAGAGCAAAAAGAAGAAGGACAAGGAGAAGCACAGGGAGAAGCGUCACUCCAAGUCCAGGAGGAGCUCGGGACUCCCGGCUGCCGUGGUGGGCGAGGUCCCUGUGGCGCCUGGCCCUCCUCCCAGCACCCCGUACCCCGCAGCUGCUGCCACACCCCCACCACUUCCUGGCCUCCACACGGACGGGCAUAGUGAGAAAAAAAAGAAAAGAGAAGAGAAGGAGAGAGAAAGGGAGAGAGGAGAAAAGCCAAAAAAGAAGAACAUGUCGGCCUACCAGGUGUUCUGUAAAGAGUAUCGUGUAACCAUUGUGGCUGACCACCCAGGUAUAGAUUUUGGGGAACUUAGUAAAAAACUGGCUGAGGUGUGGAAGCAACUGCCAGAAAAGGACAAACUGAUUUGGAAGCAGAAAGCUCAGUAUCUGCAGCACAAGCAGAACAAAGCGGAAGCUACAACUGUGAAGAGGAAAGCGUCCGGCUCCGAAGGGUCCGUGAAAGUGAAAGCUGCUUCUUCAGGAGCACUGUCGCCCCAGAAGUCCCCGCCCACCGCCAUGCUGCUACCAGCCUCGCCAGCCAAAGCCCCUGAGACCCAGCCCAUUGACGUCGCUGCUCACCUGCAGCUCCUGGGCGAGUCCCUCAGCCUCAUUGGCCACCGCCUGCAGGAGACAGAGGGCAUGGUGGCUGUGUCUGGCAGCUUGUCAGUGCUUCUGGAUUCCAUCAUCUGCGCGCUGGGCCCCUUGGCGUGUCUGACCACACAACUGCCUGAACUGAAUGGCUGUCCCAAACAGGUCUUGUCAAACACACUAGACAACAUUGCUUACAUCAUGCCUGGACUGUGACAGCAAAGCAUCCUGGGACAGAAACCUUGUCCUAUCCCCUUGCUGGUUUGUGUAUAUAUAACUGUUCCAGACCCCUCCGCUGGCCUCUGGGUGUAGGUUUUAAAUUUUUAUAUAUCUAUACACACAUAUAUAUAUAAUGUACAAUAUAUACAUAGGACUGUAACUAUGUUGCUUUUAAUAAUUUGAUGAAAUGACAAAGGUUUAGCCAAGAGGAAACUUUGGCUUGAAUGUGGGCUUGGGAUUCUUUUUUCUCCUAUGGUGGACAAAUCUGCCUUAAAAAUCAGUGUAACCUGGGGGCUGGGGGCUUGUCUGGGUGCCAAGUGCAUCUCUUUACGGACAGCUAAAAUUUUCUUUCCAAGCUCAGCUACACCUCCAGACUCAUCACUGACCAUUUGCCUUACCUGUCUUACAGUUAGAAAUGUGAUAGAAAAGAUUAUGGGAGGAGGCCAAUUGACUGAAAGUACAAAACCUUUCAACCUGAAGUGACCUAGGUGGGAGGUGACAAAACCAUUCCCAUUGUAGUUCUUAAGAUGGCUUGGGUGAACUGAGUAGGGGUUCAUUCCAGUUCCUACAAUACAGGCGUCCAUGUCUCCAAUCUUAUUGUAAUCAUUGGUACCAUUGGUGGCCUCAGCAGAGGCCGCAGAGUGAAUUUGAGCCCUGGCAGCAAAAACUACCUUAGAAAGGACAAAGCUGCUGGUGCCACCAGUUGAGCCUGCGCGUGCUCUGAGCUGACCCAGAGUGUCUGGUGUGCACAGCUGAGAGCUGGUGUGUCUCGUUGGCAGCAGUAGGUUGGCCACAAAGUCCUUGCAAGGUCUGCUCUGCCCAGUAGUUGUGGAAGGUAAACCUUGCCCGGCGUGAUUCCUGGGCCCCUCUUACUCGUCCCGCUCUUGGGCAGAUGCGGUCUGUUCUGCAUUCCACAUGGAAGUGAACUGCAAAAAAGUCUUCUCAUGUGGGUUUAUUUAUAUACGUGUGUGAAUGUGUGUUUUAAUUAUGUGUAUUUAACUCUUUAAAAUCUCUUAGACCUUAAUUUAUCCUGUAAAUUUCUGUGUUGUAUAUAUAAUUUAAUAACAAAGCCUCCACCAGCAACAGCAUGUGGAAGACACAAAUUUAUCUUUUCUCCCUUUCUUCCUCCCCCGAUCUGUUCCAAAACUCCCAAGUCGUCUACAUUUUAAGGUAUUGUACCUCAAAAAGGAAUCAUUAUGUGGGGAUUCUGAUUCUUUAUGAAGAACUUCAUGGCCUCCAAUAAUGUCAGGAAAGUGGAACAAAAAGGCCUGUGACCGUGCCCAGCUGCCCUGCCCUCCAAGACCAGGCUGGGGCUUCCUAGUGGCUGAGAGAGAGCUGAGCACUGCCUCCGAGACCCAGCGGGAGGUCACCGUGCUUCCCUCUGGCCUGGAGGGAGUUCCGCGGCGUCCAGGUGAACCUGCGGUGCGGUGCAGCCAGCCUGCCGCCUCCUCCCCACAGUGGUUCGCCAGGCUGUGCUUCUUGAGAGUGUUCUGUCUGCUGAAUUCCUCUCUCGCCCACAGCACAUUGUGAAUCAAUGCGGGAGGCAGAAAGAGAGACAGGGAUGUUUAAGAACCAAAAUCAAGGACAGAGUCAGCUGGAGCGCAGGUGUCAGGGCCGCAGUACCGGGUCAGGUUCCUGUUUGACACAAGGUGAUGGGGCAAGGAGUGGGGCUGGAAGAAACCAGUCCUGCCGCUGUCCUUUGUGUGCGUUGAUGAAAUCCUGGGGAGGACCUGCUUUUUGUUUGUUUUCCUUUGAAACCCAGCCCUAUUGUAUUUGUAUUUAAAAUUUGUACACAUUUGUAUAAUAAUCUGUACCUUGUGGUAUUUGGUACUACUAGAGGAAAAUCUUUGGAUUCAGACCUUCUUGCAGUUUUUAUAUCAUUGUUUUAUUUUGUUUUUUUAAAUAAAUUCUAGUGGUUUGAUCCAAAUCCCAUUACGGUUGUAUAAAGAAAUAAGAUUUUGUACUUAUAUUAUUAAAAACCACAUUUUUAAUAUUUGUA